AUGGGUGGUUCUUCGAGGAAUCCGCCAAACGACUCCUUGGGGGAAAAGCAACAGGCGUCUCCUGUGAAUUCAUCUGCACAAACAUUAGACUCUCAGAGUGAGAGUGCUCCUCACAAAACGGAGAAAGAAGAAGCUAUCCGCAGGGCAUGCGACUUGCGCGACUUUGAUGGUUUGGUUUCAUAUGCGACCUCAGAAGGUGGCUUUCUGAAUGAUGAUUUAAGACGAUUAGCUUGGCCUAUUCUUCUUCGAUGUGAUACGGAUGUAGAAGACUCGGAGUUCGUGUCUUGGGAAGACCUUCCGUCGCAUAAGGACGAGGACCAGGUCCAACUCGAUGUGAACCGUUCAUUUGUAUAUUACCCUCAGUGCGCCGAGGAUGAGUUGUCCUCGAAGAAGGACGAAUUAUCGGUCCUCAUAAGGAAAGGACUCCGGAAGUACCCCAUGCUUUGCUACUUUCAGGGGUAUCAUGAUAUCGUACAGGUUCUGUUGCUGGUGCUCGGUGGACAGCAGGCGGUUCCUGCCGUGACGCAGAUAUCUCUGUUUAGAAUCAGAGAUUAUAUGUUACCGUCUCUCUCGCCUGCAUUGAAGCACUUGCAGCUUAUUCCAGCAAUCAUCGAGAAGGCCGAUCCUGCCUUACGAGAGCACCUUGCAGAGAUUCGACCAUUCUUUGCGCUUGCAGCAACCCUUACAUUAUAUGCCCAUGACAUCCAGGAAUAUAGUGACAUAGCACGGCUUUUUGAUUUCCUACUGGCGACAGAACCCGUCAUAUCCAUCUACUUAUUCGCAGCGAUUAUACUGUCACGCGAAAAGGAGCUACUGGAAAUACCUGUCGAUGAACCUGAAAUGUUACAUUUCACUCUCUCGAAAUUGCCCCAACCUCUGAAUCUUGAUGGGCUGAUAUCGCAUGCUAUGCAGCUCUUCAAUGAAUAUCCCCCGGAGUCUUUGCCGUUCGGCGCGUGGAAGAAGAUUUCCCAGAACAGUGUUCUCAAGUCCUCACGGGAUCCCUUUGCAACGCAAACCAGAGAAGAAGCCGUUAGGCUUUUUGAGAAGCAAACGCGAGAACUGCAAAAUGAGGAGUUGAAAGAGAAAGCCCUCGCUUUCUUGUGGUCUAAUAGAAGGACAAUCGGUUCGGUAGUGGUUACCAUUUUCAUUGGUGCUGUGUCCAUCUGGAUCAAGAGAAAGGGCUUCGACACCCCCGUCUGGGCGUCUCUCGCUCGAUUCAAAUCGGCUCUUCAUCGAUAUGGCUGGCUUUGA